UUCAUCCAGCGCCUCAACAGCGCCGCCCCGUUGGGCUACACAACCCCCGUCUUCCCCUCCCUCUACUGGCCCCUCCCACCGGACGCAGCGCGAUCCUUCUAUCUCUACAACCCCAGCGACAUCCUACGCUUCACCAUCUACUGGACCCUGCUCCUCGUCGGCGGCAUACAUCUGGUCGUUGCACUAUGGGCGUGCAUCAUACAAUGGCGCAAUUGGAAGAUAAUAUGGGUCGUGCCGCCGCUGUUUGCAGCCGUGGGCGCGCUCGAAGGUUUGAUUGCCGGGGCAAUCGUGGGCGGGCUGUUGGGAGGCGUGUAUCAGAGUGGGUACUUUGAGAUGAGUACUUGGAUACCGUUUGUUUGGGGGUGCAUCAAUGCAAUGGUCCUUAUCUUGUCGAGCUUCGCUAUAUACGGAGGGUUGUAG